AUGUCUCUGUCCACAGAGGAGUUCGUGGUGACUGGCUCCUCGGACCCCAUUGUGGCAGUGCUGGGUGGGAGCAUCACGCUGCCAUGUCGUGUGUUCCCGGCCAUGAGUGUGGAGAACAUGGAGCUGCGGUGGUUCCGCUCCAAGUUCUCAGAAGCAGUGUUCAUCUAUCAAAACCAGCAGGAGCAGAGAGAGGAGCUGUUGGCCCAGUACACAGGGCGGACCUCACUGGUGAAGGACUUCCUCACCCGGGGGGAGGCUGCUGUGCGCAUCCACGAUGUCCAGGCUUUUGACAACGGGCUGUAUACCUGUUUUUUCAGAAAGGGAAGCUUCUAUGAAGAGGCUGGUUUGGAACUGAAGGUGGCAGGUGUGGGCUCUGCCCCUCAAGUGCACAUCACAGGGCCAGAGGAGGACGGGGUCCGAGUUGUGUGCAUGGCCUCGGGGUGGUUCCCAAAGCCCCAGGUGCAGUGGAGAGCUGUCAGUGGAGAGAAGUUCCUGACAUUCUCUGAGACCCAAGCCCAAGAUGCUGAAGGGCUGUUCACCAUUGAGGCCACUCUGGUGGUGAGGCACAGCUCUUCAGGGAAUGUGACCUGCUCAGUCCUCAACCCCAUCCUGGGCCAGGAGAAGGAGGUGGCCAUUUUCAUCCCAGAACCCUUCUUCCCCCGGAGUUCUCCUUGGAAGCUGGCUUUCAUGGUGAUCCUGACUGUGCUGAUGUUCCUACUCCUGGGGGCUGCCUUUUACAUCAUGAGAGGGCAUACUGCAAAGCACCGGGAGAUACAGGAAUGGGAGAAACUGCAGAGGGACAAGGAGGAGGACCAGCUGACAAAGGAGGAGGCACUGAAGGCCAGAGAUGAACUCCAAGCAGAGCUUGACUGGAGGAAAUCAGUUUACCGGGCUGCCUUGAAGAAGGCUCAACUGUAUGCAGAUUGGCGGAAGGAGAAGUUCCAGGCCUUGCCUGUCACUCUGAAUCCAGAGUCUGCACAUCCCAGCCUUGCUGUCUCUGAUGAAAAGACUAGUGUGACCUGGAAGGACACAUCUAAGGUCACAGGAGAUAUCUAUAGUGUCUUGGGUCAUGGCGGCAUCACACAAGGGUGCUGUUACUGGGAGGUGGAGAUCACAAAUGCAGAUAAAAGUGAGUGGGCUCUGGGGGUCUGUAGCGGAGGUGUGCAGAGGAGGGGCUGGUACCAGGAGUCCCCAGAAAAGGGAUUCUGGGCUGUGGGGAAGUAUGGUGAUAAUCUCUGUGCCCUCACUACUAAGUCUCACAAAUCCCUUAGGAAAAUUCCUCACAGGGUAGGGGUUUUCCUGGACCUCAAGGAAGGGGAUGUCUCCUUCUACAACAUGACUGAUGGCUCCCACAUGUUCUCCUUCCCUCUAGCUUCCUCCCCUGGGACUCUGUUUCCAUACUUCAGUUUGAAGACAGGAGAUGUGUCCAUGACCCUCUGCUCUGUGAAAGCUUUCAUCAGGAGCACAGUUCCAGGAUCUAUGUACUGCUUCUCAGUAUUUCCAAGUCCAAUUGUAAAGGUGGAUAGAAACCACAGGAAACAAAAGGAAGCCAGACUGUUGAGGACUCAGACCUCCAGGAAUGAAGGUGUGUUCACUCCUGAGGUAGAGAACUCCAACCUGCCCUGA